GCACCUGGAAUCGGUAAUGGCAACAUCACACCCUCCGUCAUCAACGCCUGGGAACACGGAUGCCUCCAAUUCUUCCGCGACCGCAACAUCACCGAAGAGGACAAGGUAUUCAAGGCCUGCAUGUAUAUCUCCCACGACAUUAUCCGCGACUGGUACCGCACCGACAGCUGCCGCUUCGAUGGCAUGGAUUUCGACGAAUUCCUCGCUGAGCUACGCGCGAAUCACCUCCCCAUGAACUGGGACGUCGACAUCAAGACUCAGAUCAUGAAUGCCAGACAGCGUGAGAACCAGACUUUCCUGGAUUUUGUCUUGGGACUCGAGGUCCUCAACACCCAGUUACGCGCUUCCUCGUCUCGCUUCUCAACCGAGGGACUGCGACUCAUCAUCAAGACUCGCGUCUGCGACAGCCUCCGCCCGCUCAUCCAGUCGGACGACAUCCAAGCGAUUCCGCUCGACCAAUAUGUCCGAUGGAAAUCGGCGUGUGCUCGUGCCGAUGACCAACGCCGACGUCAAGUCGACGUCAUCAUGCAGAUCCUUGCGGCCAACCCAGCUCCGGGCGGCCACCGUGGCAAUCCUCCUGUCACCUCUGGCUCCUCGACCAAGGCUUCGCUCCCUCAGCUCACUGCAGUGGAGCGACAAAUCUUGACGUCUAACAAGGGAUGUUUCAAAUGCCGACGUCUCAACGUCGUCAGCUCCACUCACAUGUCCGGGAACUGCCCCAACGGUGCCCCGGACGGUGCCACGUACAUUCCCCUCACCACCAAGUACCCGCACCUCACCACCCAAAGCCAAGCGUCCAAGGAAAAUGUUCGCCCGAAGCGCAUCAUCGCCAGCGUGAACGAGGAGUCUCCAGAAGUCGAACCUACCACCAUUGCCGCCAUUGCCGCUGUAGGAUCCUCUCCCUUGGCACACACCACAGGCAUCCUCGGCACUGGUUCUGACUCUGACGAAUCGUGCGUGCCCCCUCUUUUUGCCCCACAAACCUUUCUUCGUGCGCGCCUUGUGCCCGAUCCCGAUGCCCCCGUUUUUGACAUGCUCAUUGAUGGCGGUGCUGGUCCAGUGUUGGUUAGGCGCGACAUCGCUGUAUCCAUGGGAGUGCCGCUACGGCGGCUCCCCACUGCACAUAGGCUGGGAGACGCAUGGGGAAAGGUUUCGGAAGGCAUGAGGAGUGAGGAAUGGGUGAAGUUGAGAGUUCUUUUACUGGAUUUUUCAUGGUCGUCUCGCGUGUGUCGCGCUAUCGUUGUCGAUAAUCUGUGUGCCCCUGUAAUAUUAGGCAAGACCUGGCUCGAAUCAAACAGCAUCGUUGAAGAUCACGCCGCACACACGCUCCUCAACAGAUCCACUGGUCGCGACCUCCUCUCUCCCCCUCCCCUUCCUACUCCGCCCCAGCGGACUCCACCCCCCCAGCGACUGGCUGCCGACACCACUGUUCCCGACGCCACCUCCCUCACUAUCUCCGCUGUCCGCACACACGUUGAACGCCUCGCUCUCCUCGAGACCCUAGACCGUGAAAAUACCGCCAUGAAGACCACCUUCUCCGACCGGUUCCCUUCCGACAUCCCCCACAUCGAUCAGCUCCCUUCCGACGUCCACCACCGCUUUAUCCUGAAGGACACCAACUUAGUCAUUGCGCGACGCCAAUACGAUUGUCCUAAGAAAUACCGCGAAGUAUGGAAG